UGAGCCUUCUUCAGAAUGGUCUGGGGCUGCUUUUGGACAAACUUGGGUACGUCACCCCAGCCAACACCGGUGACGUCCCUAGCGUCCGGCCACUGCUCGCUAGUUGGCGGCGGUAGACACACCGCGCCGACCGUGUGAUUGAACUCCACCGUAUCGGUCAGAAUGACGAUGGCGAUGUCGUUGAUCUUGCUCGUCGCCCUGUACUGGGGGUGGAUGUGCACUGUCUGGGCAUCGCUGUCCACGUGCGGUAUCGGUUCGCGGGACGUGCUCAUGUCCCACUCACCCAGCCGGACCACCAGCUGGGCAGGGUUGUUGCGGUACUUGUAAAGACAGGUGCUCGUCGUGAGGACCGCCGCUCCAUCAAGCAAUGCUCCACCGCACAGAUACUGGAGCGAGGAUCCGUUCACUCGGCGAAAGAUGGCCACCACCCACGGAUACUCGCCGUACUCGGUCUCACUAAAUUCAUCGUUCUGGAUUCGAAAUACAACACCCCGUGGAUUCCGCUGCCCACAAUCCUGCGGGACGUACGGUGGCACUAUCACACCGGGACGGUUCCCUUUUUCACGGUCACUUCCACCCGUGGGGGGCAGCGGCUCCUGCGUCAGAGGGACCGUCGUCGUUUCCGGCUCAUCGUCAUCCGGUUCACUGCAGCACUUCAUGAGGUAAUCAUUGCAGUCAUCGAAGAAUCGCACAUCGAUGAUGUUUUCACCGUAAGCACCGAGGACUCCUUUGAUGCACUGAUACUGAUAGACGCAGAUGCCUGGCUUGGAGUCACUCGUGGUGCAGUUCUGUCAAAGAGAACCGUUUGAUUAGGCCAACCGGCACCCCGUGUGGUGUAGUUUCGAACUCACCUGGUAGUCCUCCGCAGCUAGGGCAAAGGUGCACAGCAUGAAGACCGCGCAGAAAACGUAGCAACCCAGCCUUUGCUGCCGCCAUUUCUCCAUUCUUGCCGAGCCGCAGCACUUCCUUCUCACAAGACGUGCCUGUAACGAAUGGUUUAACCACUACUGACUGCACGCUGGAUGAAUCUAGAAGGCAACGCAGUGAUAAGUGUUUCAGACACUCGUUCGGUCUUCUCGGUGGUCACCAGAGCCUGAUGGAGCGAACAACAACGGAAGGAAAAUUUCGACGAAUAUUGUACGGUUUUACUACCGCCGAGUACUUUUUCGUGUCCGCGAGCUUGGAUGCAAAGCAGCGGCUAAGGAGGCCACGAUUACCGCUUAUCACACUCUACGAAAACGUCAACGGCUACACAGCAGGCACCGCGCCAGUGACACCACGCAAAACAUAGUUCCUACAACGCAACGGACCCCAAUGAACGAGCGGAAGGAAGUUCGCCCCAGGCGCUGGUUAGCGGUGCUGCUCCUGUCCAUCGUCUUCGCUGGAGUUGUGCUAGCGAACGAGGACAUCCUGGCCGGGUUCACGAGGUGUAACAGCAACGCUGGGAUUUGUAUGACAAUCGAACAGUGCCCAAACGGCCAGGCAAACGUCGAUGGAGAAGAUAUUCUGGUGCCGCGACUAAGCGGCGAUGACUUCGAUGAGUGCAACCAAUACGGAAGGGUUUGCUGUCCCAUUCCGACCGACUCCGUCACAGAGACGCCGGUGUGCGGGGACGAAGAUUGGAGCCAACAGUGCGGCGAAAAGGCUGACGUGGAAGAAAGUAUGGGCCUGGUGGAGACCAACCGUUGGGAGUUCCCGUGGAGUGUGGCCGUAUUCAGUAUCAUCGAGAUCGGUAACAGACGCAUGAAUCAGUUCCUUUGCGGUGGCUCAGUGAUCGAAGAUGGUAUCGUUGUGACAACGGCCAAGUGUGUGCGCAAUGAGAAAAACUCCACGUUAAGGGUGCAGUUCGGAAAGUGGGAUUUGACCGAUAGGACAGAGCAGUGCGUCCAGGAACUAAGCGUGGAAGAAAUAGUCUUUCACCCGAAGUACGUACCUUCCAGCCGGCAGCACAAUAUCGCUCUGCUUUUCUUGGACGACAACGCGCGGCUGGGUCGGUGGGUGAAUCGGGUUUGCUUGCCCGAGCCACAGCAAAACGUGGGCAGCACCGAAACGUGCUACAUUGUCGGCUGGAAUGCUAUUCCCAAACCGUCAAACCCGCUCUUCAAGCUCCGGGUGGAAUUCCAGAGCCGCCAGGUCUGCGAGUCGUCCAUCAGGCGGUACGCAUCGCUCAGUCAUUUCAAUCUGCUGGAGGAGAACACCUGUACCGCUUAUUUGGACGAAAUGGAGAAGCAUCCGUGCGCGCGGGCGGAAGGAUCGGGGCUGAUAUGUGAGUCGCCCGAUCGGAGCGGCCAGUUCUUCUUGGUAGGGAUCGCUUCGUAUGCCCUGCGUGUAUGUCAAAACGUAACCGAAAUAAACGUGUUUGUGAGCGUCAAGCACUACAAACGGUGGAUCGACAAGCACAUGAAAGAGCACUCGCGUCACCCUUCCUUCUACCAUCCGGAUCCGGUGGUGAGGCACUAAGGUGAUAAUUGAACGAAGCAACGGACUUGCGGACUAAAUACAAAAAAAAAACAACUUAACA